AUGAAACUAAAUGAACUGAUUAAAAAAAAGUUAUCCACUAUUGGCUUACAUGAUGAGACGUUUGACGAGUACAUUGUAGGAAUUAUCACUGAUGAUUCACUAGAAGAAUCGGAAAAGAGAGAAGCCAUUUCCGAAUUUAUAUUGGGUGCAACAGACACACCAUCAAAAUCAAUAAUAGAUGAUAUAUUCGAAGCAUGGGCCGAAUUUAAAGUGGAGGAACAAGAAAUUAAAGAAAAACGAGAAGAAAAAGAGGCAAAGGAGUGUGACGCUAUACAACAAAAAUCGGAUGCUUUAAUAUCUACCGAAUCUCCUACGAUGUUGCCUCGUAAUACAAAAAAACGGCUUACAAAAGAAGAGCGCAAAAGACGCGAAAAGUUGCUUGAAAGAUAUAGUUACGAUUUAGAUGAGGUUAUAGAAAAUGAAAAUGGAGAAGCAGAAAUCCAAUAUAAAGACAGAAAUGAAACUAAGGAAAUUAAUGAAGUUUUGUUAAAAACCAAUCGCAAUGCAGAACAAGUAAAACAAAGAGAACAAUUGCAAAGAGAGCAAAUGAAAAAGCAACAUGAGGAAGAAAAAGAAAAGAAUCGUAAACUUUUGGAAAAACAACAGCGAGAUAAGGAAAAAGCAAAACGGAAGACGAUGAAAAGAGAAAAAAGAAGUUGGUAG